GACAAAGGGAGAGAGCGCUCAUUGGCUCCGGCCGUGUGCGCUCUGUUGUCCCCCAGCGAGAGCGGCACAGCCCCUAUUCACAUGCUAAUAAGCCCCUAUAAAUACUAACAACAGCCACUCAGCGCCAGCAGCACGUCUGACUAGGAUUACACAAUAAACAGAGGGCGCCUCGCCUCGCCUACGAGUUUGUCGAUUUUUUUUUCUAACCGGUUCCGUUUGCCAGCUGCCCCUCGAGGACCACUCAGGAGGUACAAGCAGCAGUGGGAGAAGCCACAGACGCGCCGAUCCAUCCAACAUGGCCCCCUCGGCUCGGCCAAACAACAUCGGACUUGAUGUGAAAGAUGAAGAUGAGUCCUACUGCGGGAUACAGAAAGCGGACAGAAAGACGAGGAAGCCUCUGGUGGAAAAGAAGAGGCGAGCUCGCAUCAACGAGAGUUUGCAGGAGCUGCGGACUUUGCUGGCAGACACAGACUUUCAUUCCAAGAUGGAGAACGCAGAGGUGCUGGAGCUGACCGUGAAAAAGGUGGAGGACAUACUGAAGAACCGGAAACAAGAGGCAGAGACACUAAACCGAGAAGCCAGCGAGCGGUUUGCAGCUGGCUACAUCCAGUGCAUGCACGAGGUCCACAUGUUUGUGUCCAGCUGUCCCGGGAUUGAUGCAACAGUGGCGGCUGAGCUCCUCAACCAUCUCCUGGAGUGCAUGCCCCUGAACGAGGACCACCUCCAGGACAUGCUGACGGAUUUAAUCAUGGACACUUCUGGAGGCAGCAGCAGCAGCACUUGGCAUGGAGGCAGCGAGGCGCUCUGCACUACUCUGGCUUCUCCUGGUGAACGGAGUUUCUCCUGCGGAUCAUCUUCUGCCCUCUCACCGGCCCCUUCCUCCAUGUCCAGUGAAGACUUGUGCUCUGACCUGGACGAGACUGACAGUGAUCACAGCCAGAGCUCUACGGAGGGCGUGGAGAACAGGGAGGCCCCGAGCAUGCCCAACAUGACCUACUCUCGGUCUAUGUGGAGACCUUGGUAGGGUAUUGGUGGGAGAUUGGAUGGAAUACAGUUGGGAUGUGUUGAAAGAGGGAUUAUGGGCUUUAUUUUUUAUAGUGUGACACAGAGCACCCUGCCGAAAGAGAAAAUUCCACCCGACAAUACAAGAACACUUUGUGGCUGUACCAUUUUAGCCUCAUGUAGACCAGUUAGGAAGACGGACAUGCAUGGAUUUUCCUUAAAACCCUGAACUCGCGGCGCUGAUGUCCAGUAAUUAAAGUCUGUAAGAGACAGAGACCUAUUUAGCCACCAAAAAAAGCCUCAGCUGAUCAUUGUGCAGUGAAGCUACUGGACACUGGAGAAUGACUGGAUUUUCUUUUCAGCCACAGCUGAAAAGAAAAACAUUUACAGAGAUUUCCCCCAGUUCUGGGAAAUCUUUGAAAUCAGUAAAUGAAAUAGCCACUUCAAGUUAGUGGGAGAAAAUUUCAUCACAAUUGCUCCUGGAGUGUAUAUAUAUAUAUAUAUA